UCAGGUGUGUACACACUGGAGCGCGUGCACACGGCGACAAUCUUGGUAGUCAGUCUGCGGAUUGCAGCGAAUUCGCUCAUUUGAAAAAAAUAAAACAUGGCUGGAAGAGGUGGUUAUGAACACGCUAGAGGUGGCUUUGGAGGAGAGCGUCAUGUGAAGCAAUUGCCAACGGAACCGCCAUUUAUUGCGUACGUGGGCAAUUUGCCACAAGGUCUCGUUCAAGGCGAUGUUAUGAAAAUAUUCAAUGACUUUGAGGUGAAAAACGUGCGAUUGGUUAAGGAUCGAGAAACGGAUCAGUUUAAAGGCUUCUGCUACGUGGAGUUUGAAACGCUUGACAACUUGGAACGAGCUCUGGAAUGCGAUGGACGUAUCAAAUUGGAUGACCUAUCGGCCCCGCUAAGGAUAGACAUUGCAGAUCGGAAGAGAAAUGACCGCCCUGGUGGCGGAAUUGGCGGCGGUGGCGGCAAUGGCGGCGGCAUGAAUCGCGAUGGUCGGGAUGGGUUCCAGAAGCGCGGACCACCGCGUCAGGGCGGCACCAGUCAAUCGUAUAGCCGAGGCGGCCCUGGCACCGGCGGUGGUCGCGAGGCCGGUGGCGGCUCUGGUAAUCGCGGCGAUAGUAGAGGUUCGUACAAUGAUAAUUAUGGUGGUCACAGUGAUAGAAGUCGUGGCGGCGCCAGCUCCGGCAUGAAUAGAGGAUACAAUGAUCGUCCGGCUAACCGCGGCCGAUAUGGCAACUUCAACAAUGACGAGAGAUUCGACCGAAAUCAGGAUCGGGAUCGCGGCCAGCGCGAGGGCAGCUAUGGGAAUCAGUCGCGCGAUGGCGACAGAUAUAACAAUUUCAGUCGGCAUCGUGAUCGCGAGCGUACCCACUACAAUCCCAACCAGCAACAGGAACGUCCCACUGGCAUCGGCGCCAUCGGUAACAAUUCAAUAAUGUCUGGAUCCGAUUCGAAGAUUGCUCAUACUGAAUUUCAAAUUGCAGAUGACACGGAGCGGCCACGCCUGCAGCUAAAGCCGCGUACAAUUGCGGCGCCCAUCAAUGCGGUGGCCGAGACCAAACAAGCGGCAACCAUUUUCGGCAACGCCAAGCCCCGAGAAGAGAAACUGAAGGAGCUGGAACAGAACGUCAAUCACAAUGGCGAUAACUAGAUGGCGGCGGCGGUGGCGGCGGCAACUCUGAAAUCUUUAAAUAUGCCUAAAUGAUAUUUAAACCAAGCAAAAAGUAAAAAGCAAAAUAAUAGAAUUGAUCCAGAAGAAGACGAUGAGACGAGACGAGUUGACAGAAAUGAUAGAGGCAUAUAUCAUUUGUGUGAGAGAGCGGCGUGCAUAUAUAUGAAGAGAGGCGGAAGAUGAUGAUGAUGAAGAUGAUGAUGAUGAUGAUGAUGAAGAUGAUGAUGACGAUGAGAAUGACGAUGGAGAUGGAGAUGAAAGCAAAAACAAUACAAAAUAUAAUUAAUAACUAUGCUAUAUACCUAUUAUAUAAAAAGCUAUGUACUAUGCAUACAUAAUACACAUAAACAACAUACUUGGCUGGCCCUCCCCAUGUCGGCCAACAAACAACAAAGCAACUUAACAAACAAACAACAAACAACCAAGAAAAACGGAAACAAACAAAUGUAAUCACAGCAACAAACAAUACGACAAAAUACUUUCUUACUUCAUGUGUGUUCGUUGGAAAGUGGAGCUAAGCGAACUGCAACAGCAAUAAGAGCCACAUUAACAGCAGCAACAACAGCCACAUCAUCAACAACAACAUAAACAACAACAUAAACUCGACAACAACAACAACAACAACAACAACUGCAAUGGAAAGUCUUUAAAUGUUAGUAUGUAAGCAGCGGUAAAAUUAGAGCCGUGCAUAUAUCUAUACAAUAUACGGUAUAGCUCAUAUAUGCGCGCUGCUAUUUGUUAGUUAAGUAAUGCAUAUGUAAACCAACAAAAACAAAAAUUAUAAAAAAUACGUUCUACAUUUAAGCGAAAA